GCUUCACUAGCUGGCACUAUAUGACAGAGUUAUAAAAGAUAGAAAGAAAUGAGAGAGAGAGAGAGACAGAGAGACAGAGAGAGAGCGAGAGAGAGAGAGAGAGUGAGAGAGAGACAGAGAGACAGAGAGACAGAGAGACAGAGAGACAGAGAGACAGAGAGACAGAGAGACAGAGAGAGAGAGAGAGAGAGAGAGAGAGGAAAAUGCAGUGAUAGACAUUUUGGAAGCUAGAUCGAGAAAUAGUUUGGCAGAUGACCUCUGUCUACACACAAAGCUCACAUUUGUAACAUGUCAGUGUCUGAGGGAGGAUUUUGGUUUGAUUCGAUUCCUUCUGUAACUUUCGGUGACCUGAGAUGGCGACAUCUGUUCCUGACCUGCUACUGGCUAUUCUAGAGGAGCUGGUAGGAAACGAUCUGAAGACAUUUCACUGGUACCUGGCUCAGAGUGUACCAGAUGGCUUUCCUCUUAUCCCCAAGGGCCAUCUGGAGAACGCUGACAGGCAGGACACCGUGGAUACGAUGGUAAACACCUACGGCCACGAUGUAGCUAUGAAGAUCUCACUGGAGAUCCUGAGGAAGAUGAACCAGAAGGACCUCAGCAAGACGUUAACAGUGGAUCAGCAAGAGGCUGAGGUUGAGGUAGCAGCUGCCUCAAUUCGGGUUCCAGACUCUCCUGUCUACAUCACUUGUACAGCUCAGACUGGCGGCCAUGUUGUGGCCCCUUCGCUCUCCGGCUGCCACAUCGGGGGUCCAGUUCACUUCAACAUCAGAGUCAACUCAUUAGACGAAGAUCCCAUAGUUCCAUCUCAAGCUUCACCUGCCCAUUUUACCAUGUUUCCACCUGAACCUGUGAAUACAGAAGACAAUGAUGAACGAAUCGAGAGUUGUCAAAAGAAACUCAAACACAAUCUGCACAGUAGGUUCGUCAGUGUGUUUGAGGGACUGGCCAGCCACGGGAACAGAAAACUUCUCAACCAGAUCUACACAGAGCUCUACAUCACAGAGGCUGGAAGUACUGAGGUCAAUAGUGAACAUGAGGUGAGACAGAUUGAGACGGCAUCCAGAAGAACAGCCAUACAAGAAACACCAAUCCAAUGCAACGACAUCUUUCAGCCCUUCCUUGAUCAAUCCAUCAGAACUGUGCUGACGAAGGGAGUCGCUGGCAUCGGGAAAACCGUCUCAGUGCAGAAGUUCAUUCUGGACUGGGCAGAUGGAAAAGCCAAUCAAAAUCUCCAGUUGAUAUUCCCUCUUUCAUUUCGAGAGCUGAAUUUGGUCAGAAAGAAAAGAUGCAGUUUGAUCGAACUUCUCAAUGGCUUUUUUACGGAAACAAAAGAAACCGAGAUAUCAAACUACGACAAUUAUCAGGUGCUGUUUGUCUUUGAUGGUCUGGAUGAGUGUCGACUUCCUCUAGACUUCCAGAACAAUGACAUUCUGUUUAAAAUAACUGAGUCAACCUCAGUGGAUGUGCUGCUAACGAACCUCAUCAAGGGGAAUCUGCUUCCCUCCGCUCAACUUUGGGUAACCACCCGACCUGCAGCAGCCAAUCAAAUCCCUCCUGAGUGUGUUGACAAGGUGACAGAGGUAAGAGGGUUCAAUGACCCACAGAAGGAAGAGUACUUCAGAAAUAGAAUCAGCGAUGAGAACCUGGCCAGCAGAAUCAUCACACACAUAAAGACAUCAAGAAGCCUCUACAUCAUGUGCCACAUUCCCGUCUUCUGUUGGAUCUCAGCCAUUGUUCUGGAGAGAAAGCUGGAGAAAGCAGGGAGUGGAGAGAUGCCAAAGACCCUGACUCAGAUGUACUCACACUUCCUUGCUUUUCAGGAGAAAGACAUGGAUCUCAGGCUUCAGGGAAGAGGAACACCUGACCCUGACUGGAUGAGAAAGAGCAUCAUGUCCCUGGGAAAACUGGCUUUCCAACAACUGGAGAAAGGCAACCUGAUCUUCUAUGAGGAAGACCUGAGAGAGUGUGGCAUACACAUCGGCCAGGCAUCGGUGUACUCAGGAGUGUGUACUGAGAUCUUCAGUGAGGAACUGACCUUAUGCCAGGGAAAGGUGUUCUGCUUUGUUCAUCUCAGUAUUCAGGAGUUUCUGGCUGCCCUGUAUGUGUUUCUCACAUUCAUCAACGACAACGUGAAUCUAUUAGCCAAACAGCAAUCAUUUCUGAGACGUUUUCCAUUCGGAAAUUCAUCCUCAACCAGCUUCUACAAAGCAGCAGUUGACAAGGCCUUACAGAGUGAGAAUGGACACCUGGACCUGUUCCUCCGCUUCCUUCUGGGCCUCUCACUGGAGUCCAAUCAGAUUCUCCUACGAGGCUUGCUAACUCAGAAAACAAGUAGAUCACAGACCAACAAGGAAUCGGUCAAGUACGUGAAGGAGAAGAUCAAGGAGAAUCCCUCUCCAGAGAGAUGCAUCAAUCUGUUCCACUGUCUGAAUGAACUGCAUGACCAUUCUCUAGUGGAGGAGAUCCAAAGCUACCUGGGCUCAGGAACUCUCUCUAGGGCCAAACUCUCACCUGCACAGUGGUCAGCUCUGGUCUUUGUGUUGCUGACUUCAGAAGAGGAGCUGGAUGAGUUUGAGCUGAAGAAAUACUCCAGAUCAGAGGAGGGUCUUCUGAGACUGCUGCCAGUGGUCAAAGCCUCCAGAACAGCCCUACUGAAUCGAUGCAAACUCACAGAGAGAUGCUGUGAAGCGUUGGCCUCAGCACUCAGCUCACACUCCUCACACCAGAGAGAGCUGGACCUGAGUCACAACGACCUACAGGAUUCAGGAGUGAAGCUUCUCUCUGCUGGACUGGCAAGUCCACAGUGUAAACUGGAAACGUUAAGACUGAGGCGAUGCAAACUCACAGAAAGAUGCUGUAAAGCGUUGGCCUCAGCUCUCAGCUCAAACUCUUCACACAUGAGAGAGCUGGACCUGAGUGACAACAACCUGCAGGAUUCAGGAGUCAUGCUGCUCUCGGCAGGACUGGGCAGUCCGCACUGUAAACUGCAGGUUGUAAGGUUGUCACUUUGUAGUGUCACAGAGGAAGGCUGUGCUUUGCUAGCCUCCUCUCUCAAUUCCAACCCCUCACACCUGAGAGAGCUGGACUUGAGCUAUAAUUACCCAGGAGACUCGGGAGUGAAGCUUCUCUCUGCUGUACUGGAAGAUCCACACUGUAAACUUGAGAAACUUAGUGUGGAGUGCUGUGCUGAGUUCAGGAUCAGACCAGGACCACAGAGAUAUGCCUGUGAACUCACACUGGACCCAAACACAGCACACAAAGAACUCUCGCUGUCUGAGGAGAACAGGAAGGUGACGCGAGGGAAAGAGCAGCCGUUUCCUGAUCACCCAGAGAGAUUUGACUACUGGAGGCAGGUGCUGUGUCGGGAAGGUCUGGAUGGGCGCUGCUAUUGGGAGGCAGAGUGUAGUGGGAGGGCCCUGAUGGGAGUAUCUUACAGAGGGAUCAGCAGGAGAGGAGAGGGACAUGACUGCUGGUUGGGACGAAACGCUGUGUCCUGGAGUCUGAACUGCUCUAAUGACAGUUACACAGCCUGGCACAACGACAAGAGCACUGGCAUAACCACCCCCUCUCUCUCUAACAGAGUAGGAGUGUAUCUGGACUGGCCGGCCGGCACUCUGUCCUUCUACAGUGUCUCCUCUAACACACUGACCCACCUGCACACGUUCCACUCCACGUUCACUGAGCCCCUCUAUCCAGGGUUUAGGCUAGGCUGGGUGGACUCGUCCGUGUCCUUGUGUCAGGUGGAAUAGGCUCCCUGGAGAAACACCGGAGAUUUCAGGGAGAUUUACACUCAUGUAUUUGUGUGUAACAUAGUUUAGAAAGGGAUUAUAUUAAAGGGAUAUUUUACAGUUGCUACAUCUAUUUUUAGACUUUUAAAUUAGUUAUAUAUACCCAAUGAUUAUUGAAGAUUAUAAACCGGGUGGUUCGAGCACUGAAUGCUGAUUGGCAGAAAGCCAUUGUUUAUCAGACCGUAAACCACAGGUAUGACAGAAAAAUACUUGUUUACUGUUCUAAUUACAUUGGUAAGAAGUUUAUAAUACCAAUAAGGCGGGUCUGUGGUAUAUGACGCAACUCCUCGUUGCGUUGUGCUUUAAAACAGCCCAUAGCCAUGUAAUAUUGGCCAUAUACCACACCACCUCAGGCCGUAUUGCUUAAAUAUAACUUAUAGAUAGAUGCCUCAUAUAGAUAGAUGCCUUCUUCAAUUGUCAGAAACCAAGAAUAUGAUCUUGUUUUACUCCUUUGUUUGUGAACAAUGCAAAUAUAAACAAACACUGUAUAUCCUCAAAACGUGGUUAAAACUACACUGAACAAAAAUAUAAACAGAACAUUAAAGUGUUGGUCCCAUGUUUCAUGAACUGAAAUAACAAAUCCCAGAAAUGUUCUAUGCGCACAAAAAGCUUAUUUCUCUCAUUUGUUUUGCACAAAUUCGUUUACAUCCCUGUUAGUGAGCUUUUCUCAUUUGCCAAGAUAAUCCAUCCACCUGACAGGUGUGGCAUAUCAAGAAGCUGAAUAAACAGCAUGAUCAUUACACAGGUGCACCUUGUGCUGGGAACAAUAAAAGGCCACUUUAAAAUGUGCCGUUUUGUCACACAACACAAUGCCACAGAUGUUUUGAGGGAGUGUGCAAUGGACAUGCUGACUGCAGGACUGUCCACCAGAGCUGUUGCCAGAGAAUUGAAUGUUCAUUUCUCUACCAUAAGCUUCCUCCAACAUCGUUUUAGAGAAUUUGGCAGUACGUCCAAUCAGCUUCACAACCGCAGACCACGUGUAACCACGCCAGCCCAGGACCUCCACAUCAACCUUACUGAUUUCCUUAUUUGAACUGUAACUCAGUACAAUCUCAUAUUUUUGUUCAGUAUAUCAUCUUGAUAGCAUGGAUGUUCAGUCCCUGUAUCCAUAGCUCCAUCCAUGAGUUCGGUUGGUAAUAUUUCUCUAGCCCCACCCCUCAGCUGUAUACCAAAUUAGUGGCGGGAUAGCCACUCUGUCUUUCAAACUGCAGAUUGCCCCUUUAACUGAUAACCUUUAAAUCUGUAUCCACAUUUGUGCUUGAAGCACUCUAGACCUAACUGAUAAUGAUUAAGGUCCAUUCAGGUGAUGAUGAAUGUGAUGAUAUUUAUCGAUACAUGAAUGACAAUCGGAUUAAAGUACAGACUUUUAAACAA